UUUGUGGUUAAAAGCAAUUUCCCCUCUUCUCCACCAAGAAACCAAAGAAACCUUACUACACUCCCUCCUACUUGGAUGGCCGACCCGACCCACUUUAACGGACCCUCCAACGGGCCAACCCAGGUCACCUUCCGCCUGCUCUGCCACGCUUCACGCGUCGGCAGCCUCAUCGGAAAAGCCGGCGUCGUCAUCAAGUCCCUCCAGCAAGCCACGGCGGCCAGAAUCCGAAUUGACGACGCCCCGCCCGAUUCCCCCGACCGGGUCAUCCGUAUCAUCUCCAAGCUCGACGGCGGCGAGGCGCUGCUCCGGGUCUUUGAGAAGGUGCUUGAUGUCGCCGCCGAGGCUGACGAGUUUGACGUCCUGGAUAGGGUGGUUUGCUGCCGGCUGCUGUCGGACCCUGCCCAGGUCGGCGCCGUCAUCGGCAAGGGAGGGAAGGUGGUGGAGAAGAUUAGGGCGGAGACUGGUUGUAAGAUUAGGGUUUUCAGUGACAAGUUGCCUGCUGGUACUAAACCCUCAGAUGAAAUCAUUGAGAUACAAGGUAAGGUGUCAUCUGUGAAGAAGGCCCUUGUGGCUGUUGCUAGCCGGAUUGAAGAAUGUCUUCCAUUUGAUAGAACGAAGACGACGGCAAGCAGACCUUAUGAAGGGUUUCAGCAUGGAACUUUUGAUGUUCCAACAGAAACUUGCACAGAUAAGCACAUAGAUCACAGACAGCAGAAGAGCUCUACUUUGCCUGAUUUAUCGAGUAGGUAUAAUGGCAAUGCCUAUGGAGUUAACUCAUUGUCAGCUGAAGUCAACAGAGUCUCGGCCCUUGAUCCAAGAGCACUUCAGAAGGAAGUUACCUUUAGAAUUCUUUGUUCAAAUGAUAGAGUUGGUGCUGUAAUUGGAAAGGGUGGUAGUACUAUACGAGCUCUUCAGAAUGAAACAGGGGCUAAUAUAAGUAUUGCUCCCCCAGUAGUUGAGUGUGAGGAUCGAUUAAUUACUAUUACUGCUUUAGAGAAUCCUGAAUCAAGGUAUCCCUCUCCAGCACAGAAGGCUGUUGUGCUUGUUUUCUCUAGGUCUGUUGAGGCUGGUUUUGACAGGGGGGUAGACUUUGGAUCCAAAAAGGAGUCAUCUGUUACUGCUCGACUUGUAAUACAAUCCAACCAAGUAGGUUGUUUAAUAGGGAAAGGGGGAGCAAUAGUCUCAGAAAUGCGGAAGGCCACAGGGACUAUGAUAAGAGUAAUUGCGAACAACCAGUUUCCAAAGUGUACAACAGAUAAUGAUCAAUUGGUACAGAUAUCAGGACAGUUCUUAAAUGUUCAAGAUGCAUUAUAUAAUGCUACUGGCAGACUGCGAGAUAAUCUUUUUGUCAGCACACAAAACAACGGUGGAUCAAAGAGCCUUUCCUCUCACAGUCUCAGAUCCUUGUCUCAAAGUAUGGAUCAUCUUUCACUUUCUCAAAAUUCAAAUCAUCCUUCUUCACCAUGGUCAUGGACACCAAAGUCAGCGGGCGCGAUAAAUUCUAGAGGCAGCAAUGAUGUUGGCAGGGGAUUGACUCCUCAAAACGGUGACCUAGAGCUUGUCAGUGGGAGUAAAACCGCCAUUGUGAGUAAAACUGCCAUUGUGACUAAUACAACCGUGGAGAUUAUGGUUUCCAAUGAUAUCAUUGACUCUGUUUACGGAGAAGAUGGUGGCAACCUAGAUCGAUUGAAACAGAUAUCUGGUGCUAAGGUUACCGUUCAUGAACCUCUUCCUGGGGCAAGCACCAGGGCUAUUGUUAUAUCCGGCACACCUGAUGAAACUCAAGCAGCCCAGAGCCUUCUCCAAGCAUUUAUUCUCAACGGAUCAUGACUAUACUUCUUCACUAAUGACAUAAAUUUUCAUCUUGUUUUCCUUUGUACUUAUGUAUCUGAUAAUCUUUUUUCUUUAGAUUAUCCUUUUUGACCUCACCUGAAAGUGUACAGGCCUUUUAUUUUUCCAUGCCAUUAAUCUCUUGCUAAACCAAUUCAAUAAAGCAAAUUGUUUCAAUGAAUAAAGUUUGCUUCUUUUA